AGGCACGAUACGUAACGCAGUAAUGGUUGUUUUGGGGUUGGAACUAAAAAUGGAAGAUUGAUGAAGCAGUGAUAUUGGCGUAUAAUGGGAGUGAUAAAGGAUGGAACGAUCUCAGGGGUUAUACCAGAGGCAGAGGGAUUUUUGGUACACUAUCCUGCGUAUCCAUCUUCCAUCUCUCGAGCCAUUCACACUCUUGGUGGAAUUCAAUCCAUCCUUAAGACUCGCACUUCUCAAGCAAAUAAAUUAGAGCUUCGUUUUCGCCCCGAAGAUCCUUAUUCACACCCUGCAUUUGGGGAGCUUCGUCCCUCCAACUCUUUGCUUCUCAAAAUCUCUAAGACUAAACCACCACGUGCUUCUCACACCUCUCCACAAAAUGGAGAGCAUCAUCUUUGUGCUGAUAUCGUUGCUCGUGUUCCUGAGGCUUAUUUUUUCGAUGGAAUGGCUGAUUACCAACAUGUUAUUCCUGUUCAUGCUGAUAUUGCUCGCCGCAAGAAGAGAAACUGGUCAGAGCUAGAAGAACCGCACUUUGAUAAGGGUGGUCUUAUGGAUUUGGACCAUGAGGAUGUUAUGAUUAUAGUGCCUCCAAUUUUUGCUCCGAAAGAUGUGCCAGAAAAUUUAGUCUUAAGACCACCUACUGUUUUGGGUUCAAAAAAGAAACAAGAGGAAGUUGUACAACAUGUUGAGGUGGACACGGAGCCAGUUCUUGCAAUUGAUUUUGACAUUAAAGAGAUUCCUAAGAAAGUGAAUUGGGAGGAAUAUGUACCACAAGGCUCAGAACAGUGGGAGUCACAGAUGGUUGUAUCUAGAAUGUUUGAUGAGCGGCCUAUAUGGUCCAAAGAUUCUCUAACCGAACGCUUGCUUGAUAAGGGCUUAACCUUUUCGCAUGGCAUGCUCAGAAGGCUUCUGUCUAGAAUUUCUUACUACUUUUCCAGCGGACCAUUUCUAAGGUUCUGGAUCAAGAAAGGAUAUGAUCCACGCAAAGACCCUGAUUCUCGCAUUUAUCAAAGAAUUGAUUAUCGAGUACCUGUUCCAUUACGAAGUUAUUGUGAUGCUCAUUCAGCCAAUAAAUCAACACAUAGAUGGGAGGAUAUAUGUGCCUUUCGUGCUUUUCCUUACAAGUUUCAGACUUCUUUACAGUUAUUUGAGCUUGUUGAUGAUUAUAUUCAAUCAGAAAUAAAUAAGCCUCCAUCACAGGCAACUUGCACAUUUGGUACUGGGUGGUUCUCACAACACAUGAUCAAUUGUAUUAGACAACGUCUUAUGGUGAGGUUUUUAUCAGUAUUCCCCAAGCCUGGUGCAGAGAAUUUACUCAGAGCUGCCACUUCAAGGUUUGAAAAAUUGAAGAAGGAGUGCGGUAGGAAUGUCACGAAGCUUGAUGGAGAAGAAUGUCAGCAAGCUAAUUCAGGUUUGGAAGAAAAUGAAGAACCUGACAACGCUGAAGAUGAAGAGGAGGCAGCUGAGGGUAAUGAUAGUGAUGAGGAAUGGGAAGAAGAACUUGAUCUGGCUGGAGAUAUUGACAUGCCUCUGCCGUCUCAUUCAUAUAUCAACAUGGAGAAUAUUUCAAGGACUCAUUUACAGGAGCUUUUUGGUAGCUUUCCCUCUAAUGAAAUUGAUGGUGACAAAGGGCAAGCAAAUGGUAGUGACGAAGAAUAUCAUAUAUACGAGGACGAUAGUGACAACUACUCUGAUGAAUGAUUGUUGACAUUCAGAAUCGUCAAAUGCCGCAUAACUCUUCUAAAAUUGCUACUGGAAAUUUUGCCGAUUAGUUUAGAGGGACAUCAAUGUUUGUUGAAGUUACAUAGGAGGGUAAAUAUCAUUGUAGAUCCUAGUAUUCACCUUGUAUAUUGUAGAAUUAAAUAUAGUGUUCUGUUAACACAAGUGAAGGCGUAGGGAAAAAAGCAGUAGAAGUAUAUGGAAAAUAGAAGAUAAAACGCGCAUGGUUGAUUUAAGAAAAUGAUUUUUAAAUAACGUCUGUUUUUGUUAAUAAUAUAAAACAUUUAAUUUAUUC